GGGCCGCGUCCACCUCGCUGUGACGUGCGUGUCACGAGCGCGUCGCCUCGGCGUGACGACGGUGUCACGGCGUUGUCCGGCCGGUCGAGUGUUGCCGCUGGGCUGUUACUGCCGCGGCGUCGUCGGCCACCUCGGCACCUCGUCGUCGGCGUGGUGAUCCGGGAGGGCGACCGAACGGCAGCACGGGCUGGCCGCUGCUUCGCCGCUACGCUGCUAAAUGCGGACCGGACGACCGAGGACAGUGCGGACUCUUCCUCACGGCCACGGUGUCGUCGGGACGGGGCGCGGCGGCGCGGCGGCCGAACCCUAACCUCAAAACGCGGCCCUCGAUGAUGCUACCCUCCAUCUUCUCCUCCCGGUGGUCCAUGCGUCGUCCCCCGCGGAUGGGGCGCUACCACGUGGACCCAGCCCAGGCCGCCGCGCACGCCCGGGAGCGCCGCAACAACUCCGCCAACGGCCUCAGGUUUCUCACUAACACUCUCCACUUUUGAGUGUGAGUGUCCCAGUGUCCCCGUCUGCUAGUUUGGGUCGAGGUCCCGGGGUUCGCGGUUCGCUUUGGGAGGUUCCCGCCGAGCCCUGGCGGCGUGGCCGUGGCUCGGCCAGGGAAGUCCCGGUGACGAGGCGAUAGCUGUCCCACUUUCGGUCCUUUUGAGCGUGAGUGUCCCUGGGCGACUCGAGGCACGGAGUGCUACGGAGUGCUCUUCCGAGUCCACUUUAUCAGUGCCGUGCCGCGGAUCUUCGGUCUUCGGCGAUGGCCGCACCGAACCGGCCCGGUGACAGUCACCUCCAAAAACUGGCUCGGGUCGAUCCAUCCCCUUUCCGCCCUUUCUCGGCUCACUCGUCGCCGUGACGCUAUUCGCGCUGCCCACACGCCCUCACGCCCACUCGCCCACACCGACCGCGUCGCCCACGUCGCCCACACCACGCCGCCCCUUGCCGUUCCAGAUGUGUGUGGACCUGCUGCUGCGGCCGGCAGACCAAGCCCGAGUGCCAGAGCUCCUCGGCGUCGCAGUGAAGUGAGGGCAAGUGAAGCGCGGGCAGCGCAAACUGGACUGAACUGACACGCACAGCGCGCGGGGCCAGCACCUGCCAGGCCCACCCCUGCCAGGCCCGCCCCUGCCGGCCAUGGCGUCCAAGACCAAAGUGGCCCACUUCCGCAAGGGGGCGCGGAAGGAGAAUUACAAGAGCUUCGGCCACCGGCGCAAGGGCUCCGCCGACUCGAACUACUCCCAGCCUUCCUCGGAUCUGUCGUUGGACGAGGAGAAGGAGAGCAUCCGCAGGGAGAAGGAGAAGCAAGCACUGGGCCAACUGGAAAAGGCAAAGUCCAAGCCGGUGGCGUUCGCCGUCCGCACCAAUGUCAGCUACGACGGCGAGGUGGACGACGACUCCCCCGUGCACGGCAGCGCCAUCUCCUUCGAUGUGCGCGACUUCCUGCACAUCAAGGAGAAGUACGACAACAACUGGUGGAUCGGGCGGCUGGUGCGUGAGAACGCACCCGUGGGCUUCAUCCCGUCGCCGGUCAAGCUGGAGAACCUCCGGCAGCAGCAGUCGCAGGCCCGCUCCUCCAAGCUGUACGCGUCCAAGACCUCGUCCUCCUCCAACCUAGGCGAGGAGAACGACAGCCUGAACCGCGGCACCGGCCCCGCCUCCCUCACCACGCCGCCCACCAAGGAGAAGCGCAAGCCCUUCUUCAAGAAGCAGGAGGCCACCACGCCCUACGACGUGGUGCCCUCCAUGCGGCCCGUCGUGCUGGUGGGGCCCUCCCUCAAGGGCUACGAGGUGACGGACAUGAUGCAGAAGGCGCUCUUCGACUUCCUCAAGCACCGCUUUGAGGGCAGGAUCAUCAUCACGAGGGUCAUGGCGGACAUCUCGCUGGCCAAGCGGUCGCUGCUCAACAACCCCUCCAAGAGGGCCAUCAUGGAGCGGUCCAACUCGCGCAGCAACUGCCUGGCCGAGGUGCAGGCCGAGAUCGAGCGCAUCUUCGAGCUGGCGCGGACGCUGCAGCUGGUGGUGCUGGACUGCGACACCAUCAACCACCCGUCGCAGCUGGCCAAGACCUCCCUCGCGCCCACCGUCGUGUACCUCAAGAUCUCCUCGCCGAAGGUGCUGCAGCGCCUCAUCAAGUCCAGGGGCAAGUCGCAGGCGCGCCACCUCAACGUGCAGAUGGUGGCGGCCGAGAAGCUGGCGCAGUGCCCCGCCGACAUGUUCGACGUGGUGCUGGACGAGAACCAGCUGGAGGACGCCUGCGAGCACGUGGCCGAGUACCUGGACACGUACUGGCGCGCCACGCACCCGCCGGCGCCGACCCCGCAGACGCAGCCGCCGCCGCCGCACAUCGCCAGGCCCAUCUCGUCGCACCACUCGGUGCCGGGCCACGCGCCGGACCUGCACCACAACAUGCGCUCGCACCUCAACGCCACACCGCCAGGCUCGCACCACGACGCGUACGGGUAUCCACACGAGUACAGAGGUUCGGUGUACGGCCACGGCAGCGGGUCCGCGCCGCACCGGACGCGCUCGCGCCUGGAGCGCGACCACUCGGCCGAGUACGACGACUACAGCGACCGGGAGAUGCGCGAGCGGGAGCGCGACCUGCGGGACCGGGACCUCCGGGAGCGCGACCUCCGGGAGCGGGACCUCCGGGAGCGAGACCUCCGGGAGCGGGAUCUCCGGGAGCGAGACCUCCGGGAGCGGGACGUCCGUGACGGCGGCGUGCCCAUGUACCACAACCAGCAGCCGCUGGUCGGCGGCGGCCACCACUACGGCGGCAGCCACCACAUGGGGAUGGGACACCACAGCCAGGACCACCGGGGCCACCCGCCACCCCGAGGGCCACCCGACCACCGCCACCACCAGGACUACGACGACGACUACCGCGGACACCGUGCGUCGUCGAGGCGCGCACUCAACGCGCUGUAGUGCCAGUGCCGGCCUGUCGGACAUGCGCACCGCGCGGUGCGGACAUGAUAGACCUUUUCGAGGACCAACAGGACCAGACUGCUUCCCCGAAGCACUGCGAAGCACACUGCCGGGCUGGUGCCCAGUGGCGUGGCGGCCGUGGUGAACUACCACCACUAGUGAUGACCAGGACAGGAAUCUGUUUCUUCCUUUUCCGUAAUGCGCGCGGCAGAUCCACCUCCUCUCUCGUUUCCUUUUUCAUUAAGUAAUUAAUUGUUGCAUUGUUCCUAUUAUUCCUGUUAUUUUUGUACUGAGCUGGCUGGCGUGCUGGGCGAGGCCGUGGCGGCCCGGCGCUGCGUACUGCUCCCCCCGGCCUCAGCCGGCGGCCGGGUCGCCCGGUCCAGUCCGGCCUCAGCCGGAAGGCGUGGCAGCCUCACAACACCAGAGAGCUGGACGAGACGAAGGAGUUGAUAUCGACUUUGUAUUUUCAUUGUAUGUUAUUUCCCGGGUCAUGUUACUGACUGUAAAUUUAUUCUACUGCCCGGAGACUGAAGCCGCCGCGUACGGUAUGUCAUUUUGCCUCCCUGACUUAAUACUUUUGAUGGCAGAUUGUGUUUUCAAACGUUUUAAUUUUGCGUCCGCCGUCCUGGGAGGUGGGAACAGAAAUACAGUGAUUCGCAAGAAAUUUGGCUGGGUCGUUUUUCUUGCCAUUCAAUGGAUUUCGAUUUUCCCCAACCGAAGAUUCAGGGACUUGGUCCUCUGCGUGAUGGACUUCUGUUGUGUAUGAAAAUUGGUACAAAGUGGUGUGGCAUGCUCAUGUGCAUGCACCUGCGUUCUGGGAAUGACAGAGGAAGUAUUCUCCAAUCAAAAUAGUGAGAAAGUGUUCAUGAAUUUUCGUUUCAUUUUCAUGUUGCUUCAUAUUUUUAAAUACUUUGCUGUGCAUCUCCUGGCCCCUAGGGUGAAAAUGAAUUUUUAGAUAUACUGAUCCAUGCCUCCAGCUCACUGCAAGGUCUUGGCUGCAUAAAUUUCAAUUGUAGUGCAAGAUUUUGUCACUUAUUAAAAAAUCACAUUAUUAUUAUUGCAAGAUAGUUAUUCCCUGUCGUAAUGAUCAGCUUCUGUGAUGAACCAUUAUUGUCAUGAAAACAUUUUUUAAUACAUUAUGUUGAUUGCUUAGGUUUGAUUGGACUUUUUUAGCCAAUAAUAAGUUAGGCUUAGCUAUCCAUCAGCCAUUGGAGUGUAAUGAAUGGUGGUGAGUGUGUAUUUGUAGCCCCUGUAGGUAUUUGCAGCCAGACCUUAUAAUUUUGGAGCAGUGCUGGAGAAGACAAGCCCUCACUACAGAUUAUUCCAUUACUCUAGGCAAUAGUAGUAGAAAUUUCAGACUCAAACCUCCUUGAUUAACUCAAAAGCACACUGCAAAGUGAGCUGCCUCAUUUACCUGGAUUGAAUCUUAAAAAAUUUAAUUAAUGCACUCUUGACCAAUCAAGAAUUAUAUUAAUAAUGUUCAGCAUAAAGCAUUUGAGCCGUCUCUUUUACAUCUAGAAACUAUUAUUUAGUAGUUAGGUAUUUUACAUUGAACCAAUGGCGUUACUAAAGUUGUAAAGUGAACCGAACUUUUGAUGAUAAGUGCGCUCUGUUGCCCUUGGGGUUUAUAUUAAAUGUAGGAUGUAUUAUUCCUUGCUUCCCAGAAGUGUAACAAUUUCAAUACUUUCAUACUUAAUUUUUAUACAAGGAAUAAAUGUAUGCCAGCAAUGCCCAGGUGUCGUAUAAGGCGAGCAAUUUUAUUGGAUACAGACAAGACAAGUUAUGGCGGUAAGUGAAAGGAUGUCAACAUAAAUACUUUGUUUUAUGUAUUGCACAACAAAUAUUUUGCACAAUUAAAGACUUGAAAAAAGUACUACUAAUUUACAUCUAAAUUCAUUUUUCACUAGUGUAACUAAACUAAGUACGUUUUUUGCAAUGGAAUUGACUUUUCGUGUACUAGGAAUAGGUUUAUAAAGUAUAAAUGGUGACGACCCUGCACUUUUUGCUGCCAUGUCUAUGAUUCUGUCUCCAAUUUAGCUUGGUCAGAAGCUUGCUGGCUGUACAUCAACACUCUUCCCCGUUCCUGCCAACACCCAGGAAACAAGGGGGUAAACUGACAAGGGAUGCCACGACAGAUAAAUGGCACACUUCUUCAUGAGAAUAAUCAAAGAUUCAUCCAUUUUCCACAUUCAGAGGUUGUGGUCAGGGUAGCAGAUUUCUGCAAGGGUCACAACAUACUAUGUUUUUAUUGGAGACAAGUGAUUGUUGUGUUAAGUAUAAACAUGAACACAAUUUGUUCCUGAGGGUAAAUUUGGUGUAGUAUUACGCAAGUUCGGUGUGUUCCCUUGCGCUUGAUCAAGCCAACACUUACGUACGUUUAAGAGGAAAUACUAUACAAAUAUUUUGUAUGUAUUCUUAGCUUUCGAUCUGUCCCUUGUAAGUUAAUUAUUUAAGGGAAGACAACUGCUUGGUGUAUGUAAGUUAUUGUUGAAUGUUUUUGUGUCAUAUGUUAAGAUUGAGGCAAAGCAGAGAAGUAAAGAGGGAAAAUUACCGGAAAGGCUUCUUAAAAUCUAAUGGGAUGUAUCAAUGUCUAAAUAUGGCAUAAUUUGUAGUCCUGAUGUCCCUUUGGCCUCUUCCCCAACACUACUGUGUACAUUGUGAUAAAAUUAGUUGUUUUUGGAAAUUAUUACUAUUUUUUUUUUCAAUUUGUUUCCUUUUGGUGAGGCUGGUAUUGAUGUAAUACGCGAGAACCCAUAAUUUGUGGGUUCUCAUGCCUAACCCACUCCCCCCCCUCCAAAUCCCUUUCCUACCGCCCACUGCAUGGUUGUACAUACUCAUCUAAGAGAAAGCAGAAAAAAAAACUUUUUAUCUACUCA